CUUUGAGUUCCCAACUCGUACAUUUCAAUGAGGUGCUGAGGUCAAGGGGAAAUAAGCAUGGCCGCCUUGUUAAGAGGGCAUUGGAAUUUUUAUAAAAGGUGCAAUAAACAUGUGGUCUUCACGCUGGUAUCCCAUAGAUUAAUGGCUUCCAAGACCCCAGUGGGUUUCAUUGGACUGGGUAACAUGGGUACACCCAUGGCUAGAAACUUACUGAUGCAUGGAUAUCCUGUAAUUGCUACUGAUGUCUUCCCACAGUCUUGCAAAGAGCUUCAAGACUCAGGAGCACAGAUCCUGGAUUGCCCUGCUGAAGUGGCAGAUAAAGCUGACCGCAUCAUCACCAUGCUACCAUCCAGCCCCAACGUUAUAGAGGUUUACACAGGACCCAACGGGAUCCUUAAGAGGGUUAAAAAAGGCACACUUCUCAUUGACUCCAGCACCAUCGACCCUGCAGUAUCCAGGGAGAUGGCCGUUGCCGCUGAGAAGAUGGGUGCAGUUUUCAUGGAUGCUCCAGUAUCAGGAGGUGUUGGUGCAGCAAGUCUGGCUAAACUCACCUUCAUGGUAGGCGGAGUGGAAGAAGAGUUUAAUGCUGCCAAAGAGUUGCUCACCUGUAUGGGAGCAAACGUAGUGUACUGUGGCCAUGUGGGAACUGGACAGGCAGCGAAAAUCUGCAACAACAUGCUGUUAGCGAUUGGCAUGAUUGGUACAGCAGAGACCAUGAACCUCGGAAUUAGAUUGGGUUUGGAUCCGAAUCUUCUAGCGACGAUUCUGAACAUGAGCUCAGGGCGAUGCUGGUCCAGUGACGCAUAUAACCCCGUCCCAGGUGUCAUGGAAGGCGUGCCGUCUGCAAACAACUACCAGGGAGGCUUUGGCACUACACUAAUGGCUAAAAUGAAGAUCAAACCAGAUUUUAAGACAAAUGUACACAAGAAUGCAGGAUCUUGGUUUAGCCCAGAACACUGCUACCAAUACCCGAACCCCAAUACCUCUUGGCUCUUUGGCGCAUCAGAUCUACCGCGUCAUGUGUGCCCGUGGCUACGCUAACAAAGACUUUUCCUCCGUCUUCCAGUUCCUACGAGAGGAGGGGGUACAGUAAGCCUGUGUAACAGUACAAGUGGAAGUGACCCAGACAGACUCUGUAUGGACAAAAUGGAGAUUAUGUUCGGCUGGUUUUGUGUCGAUAUGCAUGUGUGUCUAUUUUGAGAGGGAUCUUGGGUUGAACCUAAUGAUUAUUUAGCAUUGAGAUUCCAAUACCUCUCUGUUAGGUUCUAGCCUGAUGCUGAUGAAAAUGGUGAAGAAAAAAAUUCAUAGAAUUUUAAAAGCUCCUGAUUUAAUGAGCCUGUCACAUCUGAUCCUAUACCUCUUAAACUCAACCUCAAAUUCCACAGUUAAAGUUUAGUUCUUCUCAGGUUUUUAUGACUGGUUUAAACUGUUAGUCUGAUACAUAACCUUGCUUGCAUCAUAUGGUUGUCUGCAAAUGUUUACACAGUCAUUUUUUUUUAUUUUUAUUUUUUAUUUCAUUGGAAGAGAAUAAUCCUACUUUGCCCGCAUUGGGCAGACCCAAUGGGGUGUUUUCGGUUGUGAGCCAAGAUUGAUUUUGCAUCUUGACUUAUCAAAAGCUGCUAAAAAUAGAUAAGUUACUGAUCUUUAAGACAUACCUCAUCCCGAUCAGUUUUGCUUAAACUGAAUCCAGACUGUGAAUUGUUUUACAAAAAGCCACAAAUCCCUCCUUUUAAUCUGGAGUUUGCGCUUUUCAAAUGAAAACCUUCACAUAAAGUGAAAACGUUCACAUAUUUACAUUCUGCAGUUUCCAUCUUUUUUAUUGAUUCCAACUGUCAUUUAUUUGUCUGUUUAUUUUGCCAUUGAACAAAGGGUUUUAAGCCACCCCAGUGUGUAUGUACAUAUGUGUAUUUGUAAUGCUGUAUUCAGAGCUUUAUAGAGGUCCUGUUGAGACUCACUCUAAAAGGAGACAAAUGCCAUCUGUGUGCUAGGCACACACUCACCCAAGACUCAUGUUGUGUCCUCCACACAAAAUGUUCUAGUUGACAUUAUUUCCUCAAUAAAGAGAAAGUUAAACACCUAAUCAAGUAAUGCACUGCAUCUCUUAAGCAGUCUCUCUUCCAUUAUGCCAUUUAUGACUUUCUCCUAUAUUACUGGUGUGUACUGAAUGUAUGUUAAAUAAGGCUGUUUAUGUUUGAUGUCUGUUUAAAGGAAUAUUCUAAGUUCAGUACAAGUUAAGCUCAAUAGACAGUAUUCGUAGCAUAAUGUUGAUUACCUCCGAAAAUAAUUUUGACUCUCGUUUAUUUAAAAAACAAAGG